CGGUGCUGUGCUCCGCUCAGCCCUUGCAUGCUCGGCUGAGCUGCUGCAAGGUGCCACUUUCUGCUGCUUUUCUCCCCUUUGUUUUCUUUGGCAGCUCCCUAAGUGCUGUAUCAAAACAGCUUCGGGGGAGCUGCGCUGGCACAGCCACCUACCUCCAUACGGGUGCUGCUCUAAAGGCAGCGAGGAGAAACCUGGACUGAAGUCGGAGUGAGUUUGUUCAGCCUCCCGCGAAAACCUGAGAAAAGGGGACGGGAACAAUUUCAGAGGUCUCUUUGGAACCGACGCCAGUGGCUGGCGUGAAAGAAAAUGAAAAAGGAGUGUGUUUCGAGAUCUUUCAAACUCAAACAAAACCCAGGCUCCCUCUCGCGCGCUGUCAGCUGGAUAAAUUUCUCGUCCUUGUCAAGGCAGACAAAGAGAUUGUUUCGCAGCGAUGGGGAGCUCUCCUCCAUGUGCGUGCAGCAGGUAGACGAGGACGACGAGACCUGGACCUACCGGAGCCAGCCGAGGAAAGCUGUUUCCAACCUAGAUGAAGAGAGUAGAUGGACUGUGCACUACACUGCUCCGUGGCACCAGCAGGAAAAUGUAUUCCUACCCUCCUCAAGACCGCCUUGUGUGGAGGACCUGCACAGACAAGCCAAGCUGAACCUCAAGUCAGUGCUGAGAGAGUGUGACAAGCUGCGGCGGGAUGGCUACCGGAGCUCGCAGUAUUACUCUCAGGGCCCCACCUUCUCCUCGUCCUCCAGUGCAAUCUGUGGAAGUUACCAGGAUGAUUAUGAAGAAAUCGAACAGAAGUGUCCUGUCUCUCCCCCUGAAGAAGAAAAGCUUAUUACCAUCAAAAGGCCUAAAAGUCCAGCUACAAAUGACUUAUCAGAUAUCAACACCCAAACCAACUGGACUAAAUCUCUCCCACUGCCAACGCCAGAAGAGAAAAUGCGACAACAAGCACAAGCCGUCCAAACAGAUGUGGUUCCUAUUAAUGUGACUGGGGAGAAUUUCGACCGCCAGGCCAGCAUUCGGCGGUCUCUAAUUUACACAGACACGGUGGUAAGACGGCCGAAGAAAGUCAAAAGGAGAAAGACUAUUACAGGAAUCCCUGACAACUUACAAAAGGAGCUAGCAGUUGGUACUGGCCAAAGUGAUUUCCGAGGGCAUUCCAUGUAUGUUCCAGAUCACUGUUCCACGCUAGGCAGACUAGACAGCUACCGCUCCGCCAUGCAGCGCUCUGAAACCAAGGACACCAGCUGCCAGACGGAGGAAGUUAAAGUUGUGCCCCCUUCAAUGAGAAGAAUACGAGCACAGAAAGGACAAGGCAUUGCAGCCCAGAUGUCUCAGUUCUCCAGCUCAUCUGGAAACAUGUCGGUGAUGAGCGAUUCUGCUGCAGUUAUAUUUGCCUCUCGCCAAAGUAACGACAUAGGUUUUCACAGCUUGCCUCGGGUUGGUGCGAGAGUGUCUCUGCAGUCCCUAGAUGAGACACAGAGCAUGAUGUCAAGGCAGACAGAAGACAUUGCUGGCACCUUACCCCACCAGAUAAGUAAAUUGCAAGUGGAUGAUAGUGUUGUGCAUCUGAGGAUUAAUCCCACGAUGGGGACCCCGUCAAGGCCAAAGUCCCAAGAGGUGAGAAGCUGUGACAGCGAGAAGUCCUCAAGCCCAGCAUGUGUGGUCUCUCCUCAUGCCACUUACUCAACAAGCAUCAUACCCAAUGCAACAAUGUCAUCCUCCUCGGAAGUUAUCCUUAUUCAUGCUGCCCAGAGUGUUGGAUCAUUGGAUAGUAAAAUGUCCAGCUCUGCUGCCUUUCCAAAUCCAAGAGACAAUCCUGCUGCCAGCAGUGCAGUAAGUGGGAAAGAAGAUCACCAUUCUUCAAGUGGUAACUGGAGUGAGAGUAGCUCCACACGUCACUCACAGACUUCAGAUACCAUCCCAUCUAACACUGUCAUGAUGCUUUCUCUCGGUGACUCUGCUGUCUCUCUGAGCACUCCUGGGAAUGCAGAGGCUGGGUCGCAGAGCAUGAGCUACAGCUGUAGGAACACCGCUGCUUUAGCAAGCCCUUCCCAGGACAGCGAUGGUCGGAGCGAAUCCAGCUACUCUGGGGAGCGAGCGCAGGCAGCCGUGAGCAGCACGGAGCAUUGGCUGUACAAGUCUUCGGAGAGCAGCGAGACCCCUUCACACAAGGUGGUUUGUACAACACCAGGCUGUGCCACGCCCCGUAGCAACCUGAGCAGCAGCAGCCUGGAGAGGACGUCAGUCAGGGAUGAUUCUACUUCCCUGUAUUCUGUGGACCAUGAUGGCUAUUAUGGCUCCAUGCAUAUGGACUCUGGACUGAAGGCAGACAUGCCAUGCAAUAGUACUAAUGGUUUUGAGAACCCCAGAGACAGCGUGAUAAAUGUCUUUGAAGGAAAGGAGAAGAAGCUUCAGGUUGAUCACUCAGGCCAAGGUGACAAAUCCCUUGCAAGAAACAUCUCACUGAAAAAGGCUAAGAAGCCCCCUUUGCCACCAUCCAGAACAGACUCACUCAGAAGGAUUCCUAAGAAAAAAGCCCAAUCCAAUGGACAGAUACUUGAUGAAACCCUCAUUGCCACUCUUCAGCAUUCUCUGCAGCUGAAUCUCAAGUGCAAAAAUGGCAGCUCCCCUUCCCAGAGCCCCUGCAGUGAUUAUGAGGAUCCCUGGGUGUUGCGCUCACGCAGCCAAAGCUCGGUCAGUGCGAGCAGCAGCAUGAUGUCCACCACUGCUCCAAACCUGUACUCCAUCUGCACAGUCACUCCCUCCCAGAGUGAAACAAGUAGCAUAAAGUCGGAGUAUGCUGACCAGUGGGGUUACUACAGCGACUAUGCUGCGGUGGCAGAUGACCAGGUGAAAUCUCCUGUGACCCAUUCUGCCAGUACUUCGUCUGCUCUCAGCGAUUACAGCAUCAGCCACUUCAGCGAUGGCUCAAGGGCUUCUGUGCCACAAGUGCCCAGUGGACUGGCCAAACCAAAGAGUGCUUCUCCGGAGAAAUCCCACCGCGUCACAUCGCCAUCGAGUGGGUACUCCAGCCAGUCCAACACACCCACUGCGCUUACUCCAGUGCCUGUACUUGUAAAGUCUGCAUCAUCAGGAAAUGGGAAAUCCAAGCUGAAGCCUAAAGUGCCUGAAAGGAAGUCCUCUCUUUUGUCUUCGGUCUCCAUGUCUUCGUCGUCCACUUCUCUUUCUUCAAAUACAUCUACUGAAGGGAGUGUGAGUGUGAAGAAACUGGACCCUGCCAUGAGCCCUCCUGUGGAUUCUGGUGCACCUCCACCACCUCCUCUUCCAACAUCUCAGCAUUGUCCUGAGCUUUCUCCUCUUCCUCCUCCUCCUCCGGCAGAAGUAAUGGAUCUGUCACCAUUGUCGACCUCUCCCACGUUCCCCCCUCCUCCACCAGAAGCCAGUGUAAGUUCUGCCUUUGCUCAGACUGUCCCAUGGUUUCCUCAAGAAGCCUCCAUCAGUUCAUUCUCUUCCCCUGUUCCUCCUCCUCCUUCUUGCCCCUUGGCUGUCCCACCACCAGCCCCACCGCUUGAUCCCAAAAUAACAAAAGGUGCAGCAGCAAUAUACCCACUGUAUUCUUUUAAGAAACGCAACCAGGAGGAUUCCUGCUACAGUCCAGUGAAACAGCCACUCAACAGGCAAGAUUCAUCAAGACCUGUGAUGCCAUUAGUAACCACCAAAGCCCUGCAAAUGGUGCAGUUGAGGUCUGUGAAAAAAUCGACAGAAGGUGAAUCGUCAACUGAAUCUGCUUCUGAAACCACCUCUCAGGAGAAGGGUACUGUAAAUUCAUCAUCACAGUCUUUGCUAAAGCCAUCUCUCUCACUAAAACUCAGUACCAGCUUAGGUGAUGAGGAGGUGAAAACUCAAGGCACCUCAUUUAAAAAUGCGGUUCAAACACUGUCUCGGGGUUCUCCUCUCAUUCUCUCUGAUAACACAUCUGUACUUGACAGUGAUCAAAAGCCUGUGAGUGCAGUAGGUGCAAAGAAAUCUUCUGAAGAUGAUGCUCUGGGGUCAGCCACUGAUGACACACCUGAGUCCUCAGUGCAGAGUGAAGACCUCCCUUCUGGCAUGUCACUUCAGGGAUCACCAGCAUCUCCUGACAAGACUCAGGGAGUAUUGCCAAGCAAGAAACCACCUCCUAUUUCAAAGAAACCCAAACUGUUCCUUCUGGUUCCACCUCCACAGUUAGACCUUACAGUGGAGAAAGCAGCUGAAGUGGGUGAUACUGCCAGAAGCCCAGCUAAGAGAGACGCUGUGCUUGCACACUCUGAGGAGGCGAGAAAUUGUCUUACAGAUGGACUCGGUUCUAGCGAGAUGGACUCUGGCAGCCUGGUUCCUGAGGGAGGAGCUGCUGGAUUCACCUUCUCUGAGACAGUGGGAGCGAAUGCCUUUGUGGUACAGCCUGCUGCAUCACCAGUUCAAGAGGAACCCAGGCAGGAGGAGCAGUCUGCUUUUGAUGAAGGAAGCAGUUCAGGCAGCAGCCAAGACAGUGGCAGUAACACUGACGGGCACCCGUCUCAAGAGAACGAAAGUGUGGAGGUGUUUGAGUCAGACACAGCCGGUAGUUCAUUCCUGCCAAGCAGUGGUUAUGGGGAAGAGACAGACGGAGUGGCAACACCAGCAAGACCAAGGACUACUGAGGAUCUUUUUGCAGCCAUUCACAGAUCCAAAAGGAAAGUCCUUGGCCGUAAAGAUUCUGAGGACGACCGUACCCGCAACCAUUCUCCGUCGCCCCCCAUAACUCCCACUGGUGCUUCCCCAAACCUAGCUACCCUCAAACAGGCCGGAUCUAUCCAGAGGAGCGUUCGCAAGAGCAGCACCAGCAAUGACAACUUCAAAGCCCUGCUGCUGAAGAAAGGCAGUCGCUGUGACACCAGUUCCCGCAUGUCCGCAGCAGAGAUGUUGAAGAACACGGACCCGCGGUUCCACCGGCCGAAGACGGACGCCCCCGCCGACCUUUCCGACAGCCCUGCCGGCUGCUCGCCCAGCAAGAGCAAACGGGCCCAGGAGGAGUGGGCCAAGAGUGAGGGCCUGAUGCCAAGGAGCAUGUCCUUCUCUGGCACGAGGUACGGCCGGUCACGGACACCCCCGUCUGCUGCCAGCAGCAAGUACAGCGUCCGCAACCGCAUCCAGAGCAGCCCCAUGACUGUCAUUAGUGAAGGAGAUGGGGAAGUGGUGGAACAGUCCGAGGGCAGGGUCCGGAGGACUUUGGAAGAGCAGCAAGAGGGGCAGCUUGAUAUGUUUAACAGUGAUGAAAUGGACAUGAAUGACUUCCCAUAUGCUGAGGAGGCAGGCUGCAAGGAGACCUUGGAUCCAGCCCAUGUAGACUUAAUGACUCAACCAGGUGCUUCAAGGAAGUAUCUAAACUCUUCAGCUGAAGAAAGUUAAAAGCCAGUGUGACAAAAGGCAUUGGAUAUUAGUCUAGAAAAUUACAGGGACUAGAUUCCAGAAGAAAGCCCAGACCAGGACAAGGUUACUUUGCUGAGCAUUUAUUCCACGAACUGCAUGUGUAUGUUUAAAUGCUAAAGCGACGAUGGUUCUGCAUGGUUGGGUUGGGAUGGGGAGCACUUGCUUUGAAUGAGUGGUCUGUGGCUUGAAGAAUGUUAACAGUUGAAUUUUUUGUGUAAAGCCUUAGAAGUCCUCUUGUGGGGUGGGGUGGGGAAGUUUUCUCAGAGUCUGUAGGGGUGUGAAGUUUUUCUUUUUCUUAAGACUGCAAUUGUGCAAGCAAAAUUUGGGAAUAAGCCUGAAAUGCGAAGGCUCCUGUGGUACAAGCUGGACAUUUGUUUCAAAAGCAUUGUAGUGAUGCAGCGUAGUGCAUUCGUUGAGCAGAGGGAGGCACAAUGAGGCACAUUCACCUCUGAGAGAAGGUAGCAGGGUUGAUGCUGGGGUUACAUGGCUCCUUGGAGGGGUGUGGCCCAGCGUUUGAUGAAGCAUGGCCUGCUCGAGCAGUGAGCUCACCAGGUUAUGGAUUGGUCCAGGGUACUGUACUUUUAAUUCUUUUUCCUGAGGGAAAAUGAACUGUGUAGUUAAGGUGGAAAAGGGAGCUGAUUUUGUAACACACUACUGGCUGCUGUGCAGCCUCACACCUUCACUUGGUGAAACACACAUUUCCAGGUGAAUUGCUUCCUUGACUGGAGUAUUCCCUUAGAGAACUAGAACAGCUGGAUGCAUGUGGAGGGUGCAAGCAGACAUCAGGAAAGUGGGAGAUGAAUGAAGCCAGAAUUUGGAAGGGUUGCUGUCAUGGUUUAGGAAUGGUAAUCCCCAAUUUAGUGUUCCACCACAACACUCCAAACCAUGUACCCACUCACUCACUCCCCUCUCCUCUUACCUCUGCAGGUGGCUGGGGAGGAGAAUUAGAGGCACAAAAGGUGAAGGUUGGGGGCUGAUAAAAUAAAAAUUCACUGGAAACAACAGUGAAGUAAGAAAAUGGACAGUAACAGUGACAACGCUUAGAGUGUGCACGAAAAAGGUGAAUGGCUCACAGGUGACAGAGCCUGGUGAGGUGUGACCUGCUGCCCCUCUUCCUUGUUCCCAGCAGUGCUGAGGUGGUGUAGAGUAACCUCUGUGUCCUGGCCACAGCCCCGUCUGGCUGCUGCAGAAAAUGAACCCUGUCCUGGCCGGAACCAGGACAGUUGUGUUUCUGAAUUAGAAAGAGAAAUUUGACUUGCACUACAAAGCUGUAGGUGGAGCCCGUCUUUCAAAACUGAAACUUGGGAAUUGUAUUUUGCCGGAAAUCUGUCUUUCAUUUGUCAAAAUGGGGAGACUAUUACUUUGCAUCACUUGAAAUACAGAUACUUGCUAACUUUCGGUUACCAAAGAAUAAGUUACGGUUACUUUCCUUUUUGAUUUGCCUGCAGUAUUGCUCUUCUUUUUUAACCUUAAUAAUUUAGUGAGGUUCGUUUUUAUUGUAUAUUUUACAGAUAAUAAGAACAUUUAACGGUUUUCCAAUUGUAAAGAAGACCAUUAAUUAAAACUGAAAUAUUGGCUGGAGUUUUUGGUUCUUGGUAGGAAUGAAGCUUUUAAUUUUUAAUAAGAAUUUUGCAUCAUUUGAUGGCAUGCGCAGUUUUUGUAUUGUUUGUAAAUAUUGAAAGUUGUUAAAAUAUCUUUUGAUCUCCUUACCGUAGAAUUUUUACAUUUUUAGAUUGCUUUUAAGAAGAAAAAGCACUCUUUGUAGAUUAUUUAUUUUAGAGAAAUAUGCUUGUAAUCUCUUUCUUCAAUCCUUUACUUGUUAGUUAUGUAAAUUUCAGGGGCCUUCGUUUAACUCUUCCCUUCACAAGAGGGGAAUAGUGCUGAAAAUGCUGUGACUUUGCUUCAAUAAAGUAAAAGCCUGCCAGUUGCCAUAUUGUCUUUUGAGUCGAUUAAAAUCUCCUUCAAAAGAUGUGUCCCACAGCAUAUGGCAACCCAUUGAAUGCCAUCAUCCAUGCAUCCAGCUACUAAUUUCCAGUUUUCAUUGGAAAAUUCACUAAUUCACUUUAGACACAACUAAAGUGUACUCACACAUCCAUCCCAUUUUGGUAUCUCAGUUCUGAGACUAAAAAAUUCAAAUAAUCCUAAGCUUUUCCAGUGUCAUGUGAGUGUUUCUAUUACUUCUGUCCUACUUGCAACCUGUCCCAGAAAACUAAAAUUCUUGGAGAACCAGAUUAUAAGCAGAGUGAGUGGGAAGUGAAAUGGACAAGUUGAAUCCAGCUGCACUCAGUGGAACAAGGGUGUAUCAACUGGUGCGCAGCAAACUUUCUACCAUUUUCAUAUGAUAACUAUAUUGAAAGAACCAUUUGAUUUUUUAAAUUAAAAUAAAACCUAAUUGGAUAAAGCAGAUUGUUUCAGAUAUUGUUAAUAUUGAACUACAUUCUGUUACAAAGAGGUAGCAGUGGCAGAGUGUUUUGCACUAAACAUCUUGCCAGUGUUGCUUUGGUCUGUCUUGCUCAGCUGAUCUCAUGAAACAUGAAAGGACCAAGUCCUUUUCACAGCAGGUGCUGUCCCUUAGAAAGCCAUGCUAAAUGCUAGCCAGUCCUCGUGCCCCCAUCCUGACAGGACAGUGUGUCAUAAAUAACACUCAGGCUUUGUUUAUUGUUUACAGAUGAAAUCUAAGAUGAAUCAUCUACGUGAAAAAUGAAUGCACUGGGCAAAAUUGUAGCUCUGGUGCCUGCAGCUUCUGCAGCAUUUGCAGCCCUUUGCAUCGAGUGCCUGUAGGGGUGAGCGUGGCCAGCUUGUUCCCUGGUGAUGGCCAGCUGAUGCUGCACUUGUUUUUAUGGGCUGUGCAGGGAACUCUUGAGAAAAGCCUGGCUUAAAUGCACGGUGUCAGUGCAACUAGACGAGAUUAAACUUGAAUGUAGCACAGGCUGAAUUUCUUCUCUGGCACAGACGGCCUUGAUGCUCCUCUAAAACCCACAUCUGGUGAACUUGGUGAACUUGGGCUAAGGCUCAUGUUUUGGCUAACGUGCAGAAAACAGUGUUUAUGCAGCCCUGCUGAUGUUGCUACAAGACUACAUUUUACAGGUAGUGAAAUACCUUAGGUGUGCUGAAAUAUGUUUAAUGGUGCUAAUACCACUUACUUUGGUAGCUGAUGUAACUUUCUUACAGAGAUGUCACCAUGUCAUCUCCCUGCAGGCAGAACUGGUUCAUUAUUUUGUCGCACUUAAAACUUCAAAGUUACUUUCUUAGACAAUAAUGUUCCUCCAUUGGGAGGUUUUGCAGUGAGGUUUUAUUGGUCUACAACUGUGGAUUAAAUUUAGCAAACCUCUUCUAAAGACAUCCAGAGCAGAAGGAGAGGAGGGCACAUACGCAAACUUGGUUGUGCUGAAGAGAAAAAGCAGACUUGUCAUCCUGUUGCUUAAUGCAUCGUAGUGUCGCAGGACUUGUUUGGGGUUUACAGCUGGUCUACAGUUUGCCUCUAAAACAAGAAUCCUUAUUGAAGCUAGAUGUGAGAUUUAUUUCUGGUGUCCGUUUCACUGGGAAUGGUUUUCAGCUUCAGUCUUUUUCUAAAUUCUGCCAUAUAUUAACUCAUUUCAUGUUUUGUUCCUUUAUGUUCAAAGUUCUGCUGUCAGAUGUAGGCAGCCCCAAUAACGUUGUGAAUCUGUUAAUACAUUCACAAGGCCCUGGGACAUUUACAAGCCUUCACUGCUGUUCGUACACUGGAAAGGAGAACUUAUUACCUUAACUGAAAUGAUGGAGGUUAUGCAAGGAGCAAUAGCUUGGUGAGAGGAGGUUUGGAAGGCUGCUGGAUAUCAGUUAAAAGAUUUGGAUAAGAAGUGGAUUUGGUGAAGACAGGACUUUGAGAAACCAGGACUGGGAUGCUGGUUCCUGCAUAAGGCUCGGCCUGAAAGAAGGCACUGGCAGAAAAGGUGAAGCAAGGAGAUUACUGAGAAGUACAGUGAAUGCACAGAUUAAGGUAUGGGGUGGGCAGGCUAGUGCAGAUUCUAGAUGGUAAAGAAGUUUCAGCAAGAACAGAGGAGAGAAAAAGGCAAAGGAACAAUGGAAUAGCCACAGCAAGGAGGAAGAAAAAUUGUAGCUCAUGUGUUUCAUCCUAAUUCAAAGGAUGUAGAAGGCUGAAGUCAGUCCAACGUGGGGGGGAAAACCCAAAACCCCAAACAAUUUAGAAGAGGAAAAUGAGCAAAAUUGGGUGAGCUUAGAGAAGCAGUAGUAGGCUGGAGUGAGGACUGCUCCAGGAGACCUCAGGCAGCACUGGGUAGGUGGCCCAAGCACAGCUCUUGGGAGGGUUCUGUAGAACCACUGUGCCUGAAGUCUGGAAAGAAUGAAGGGGAUUGGGAAGAUCAAAGCUCAGACUGAUUUUGUGUAAUUUCUACCAACAACUCUGCAUCCAGUGCUUCCAAUGUACUGGGUACAGGUCUCCAGACACUUGCAUUGGGGUAACUUGCUCAACCUUCAGUCAUUUCCUGAAGCAAACAGAGGCCACUCUUGCAGACAGCACAGGGAUGAAUGUGUUAAUACUAGUGCAAGCAAAUAGAUCUUGUUAGGUAUUCUUUGGAUACCACAAAGUUCUGGAAAAGUCAUUUAUAGCAGCAGUCACUGUUGAAACAAAGCCAUUGCCACAGUACAUUUGAGUGAUUCAAAAUGAUGCAUUGUUUGCUUUUCCAAGAGAGAAUUAAAAGGAUGGGCUUCAAUAGUAAAACAAAGUGUUACAUAACUUAAGAGUGGGAAUGAGGAAUCAUUUUACAUGUUUUAUUUAAAGUAACUUCAAUACUCACAAAAGGGAGCGCAGUAGCUUUAUAAUGCCCUUGGUAGCUGUGUGAGUUCCCCCCUUACACUUAAUUUUCUGAAUAACUUUUGAAAGUGAUUUCUUGCAUGGUCAAGAAUAGAAAAAUCUUCACGCAAAAUUGAUAACUUUCUUGGUUCUAAAGGGGUGUUACCGACUUAAAUCUGAGUCCAGCAUUAAAAUCUUGCAACUACUCAGUGCUGGAUUGUGACUGUGGUUAUAACUGGUGUGAAUUAAUAAACACUCAGCAGAGUAAAAUAUAGAAAUGUUGGAUAAAGAUGUGCUGUGUCAUAUAUUAUCCUGAAAAACUGGAUAAAAGCCUUGAUAGUGCUUCCCUGGCAGAAUGCUGAGUACAUUUUAUGUUGCAAAUUUAGCUCUUUGCAGUUGGGUUCUUUCACAUAAUGUGCAGCCAACCUUUUAAGGGCCAAUCAAUGCUUCUCCCAACAAUGCUAAUGGAAAAUGUCAUUGAUUUUUAGUAGGAAAUUGUCUGUUAAUAGUGAAUCCAAAUGUGUGUGUAUAAGCAUGUGGGGAGGUAUAUAGAGAAGAAAGUCCAGUCCCAAUGUAGCUGAGUUGCUUCUGUCUGUAGUACACUGGUCUAUUUGUGCACCAACCUUCAGUAUAAAACCAGAAUUGUUAGCUGCUGAAGGAAAAAAAAGAAAAUUUGUCAGGACACAUAAGGUAGCAGAAGUUUCUGUGUUUUCACUACCUCUAGGGAAAAAAUAGUACAAAUUUAGGUUCUGUGUUUAGAUGGUAAAAACUAAUUUCUGAGGAAAAAAUACGUAAAUUAUGAAAACAAAACCACAAAACAAAACAAAAAUCUCCAGAAAACCAAAAAGUUCUAAAGCACCACAAGAUGAAAUCCUGGAAACAAGAAAUAGAAGAAACUACAUGAACUAUCUGCUAUCUGGGGAGGAAUGUUGUUCAUGUGCAUUUUGGUAGUACACUACUGUUUUCUUUUUUAAAAGUCAAGUGUCUGUUCAAUGUACAUUUUCCAGAAGAAAUUACAGGUUAUUUCCAGCAGUCUCUUCACACUGGGUUGCAGAAAAUGGACACACAAAUUCCUGCCUUUGGGAAUUAAAUUUGGGGAAAACCUCUGAUUUCUAGGUCAGUUUAAAAGAGGGAAAGAGCAUUCCAAUGACACAAGAAUUCAGUGCCCAGUGCAGCGUCACCAGCUGAGAAGCUGCCUUAGUAAGAGAUGGUCCCAUCCUUCUUGCCUUAAUCAGGGUGUUGUAAUGUGCUGCCUGGAAACGGUGAUUUUGCAAAUUGCUGUGCCAUCUGGAGCUACAGUGUAGUCCAAAGGACUUAAAAAGCCAAGGCCAGGUUUAUGUAGUCAGUGCAGCAGUCACAGACUAGGGAAUGACAAUGAUUUUAAUGUAUUUACUUUUUUAUAGAGCCCCACAAAAAUACAUUUCAGCAAGGAGAUCCAAAAGAAAAAGGGUGCCCAGGGAGCACGUGGCAGUGAGCAGAGGUCAUGCAGAGUUGCAGAGAAGUCCAAGUUUGAGUCUAAGGUAGCUUAAGUCCAUUGGCAAGCCAUGGAUAGACAGUAUCAAACCACUGGUGAUCCCAAAUGAGGUUGGCAUAUUCCCGUACACAGCACACUUGGAUAUUCUAGGGCAAAGAUCAAACAAACAAAUUCCACAGAAAGGUCUCUUGUGAUGCAAUACACAGAGAAAAAAAAGUACCUCAAUGUAGUAUUCAAGAGACAGCCCUUUAUUUAUUCCAACACAGAACAUUAAGUCUGAUUUUUCCAUUUGCUCAUGCAUUUUCUUGCAAAAUUUGUCAGAAUUUGAGACUGUGGCAUGUGGAAACAUGGAAAGUAGUUGAUGGGUUAUUUCUAAGUUAAAAAAACCACAAGCAGUACUCUGGUUUUAGACUCUUAAGCACAACCCAAGGCAAGCAAGCUAUGUAACAAAAAGUUUUUUUUUCUGAAGUGUGGCUUUGAAGUCCAGGACUGACUGCAACAAAUUAGUCAUCAAAUACAUGGGAUGAGCUUCUUGCAUGAUGUGACAAUCUCAUAUGGAGCCAUGUUGGGUUUUGGGAACAAAGAAUCUAAAAAAUUACUUUCUGUGCCACAAACUUGCUCUCUCAAAUGAUCACCAGGGUCUGGGAAAUUGUGACCUCUUUGAGCUGGAAGUCCAUGUUAGAAAUUAUCUAAAAUACUUGCUGACAAAUGAGGGAAGAAAGUGUCUUGACAAUAAACUGAAAUGCCUUGCUCAAAAGUAA